GUGGUGCGUCGAUACAAUCUAUUUUAGUUUUUUCCUACGUAAAAAACCGGUCAAAUUUCUUCAAAAAGGUCCGAAACAACAGGUAAAAUGUCUCUUCUACCGGUUCCUAUCUGCUUCGGGUGCGCUAAGGCAGCCCAAAUGGCGAUUUCCUGUUCCGAGUGUCUGCAAAUCAGCUGCGGAAGCUGUUUCGGUCUCAAAGAUGACGACCUUGACAGCAGCCAAGCUCGUUUCAUUUCGUUGUUGACGGCCCGGGUAUGUCCCAACUGUACCGCCGCUCAAGCUUGCACCAGCAGCAACAUCAAGAAAGAAGUGGAAGUGACCAUCGAACCCGAACCUGAACCGCCGACGACGGUCAACAAGGUAAAGCAAGAACGUUGCUGGUCCCACGGAAAAGAAAUGAACCUGUUCUGUUUGACGUGCGAGGCCAUCAUCUGUGGGGACUGCUUUCUGGCCGGAGCGGCCCACAUGCGCCAUCAGAUCGAUUUCGUCGAAACGGUCUUCCAGGAGAAGCGAGUGGAAACGGAACGGAAAUUGGCCCGGUUGGAGGAAACGGUCGGCGUUCUGCAGCGUGAAGCCAAACAUUGCGCGAUUAACCUAACGACCAUCCAGUCGGCGGAACGGGCGGUUCUGGACGAAAUCGAUGCGAUCUGCGAGGAGGCAAAGCAAAGUGUCAAUCGGCUCACGGUCAAUCGCAAGAGAAAGCUGGAAACGCGUGCCCAGUUCCCGGCCAAGAAACAGAAAUUGGCUGCCACUCUCCACAAAAUGAUCGACCAGAUGCCGCCAGCGGAAUUUUUUCAGAAGCAAUCGGAGGUCUACCAGCAGUGCGACGAGCUGAUCGCCGAUUGCGCUCCGAAGGGCUUCUACGCGUUGCAGUUUGAGGAUGUUGGAUGCGAACUUGUUCCACCGUACGAGAUGCAAAAGUACACGUUGAUGAAUUUUGAUGGCACGUUUGCCGGUUGGCCGCAGCAUUUGACCACGUCCUGCGGCACGAUGUGGAAUGCUUUUCUGCGCAAGAAGGAAUUGCUCUGCAUUAAGGUCAGCCCUUACGAGGCGGAAGCGGCCAAGCAUCCGUACAAGCUGCUGGUGCAACUUCCCCAUCCGAACGACAUAUCCAAGAACCUCACCAAGACGUUCACCAUUCAUGGUCCGCCCAAGGAGGAAGAGAUUGCUACCGUAGAGUACAUCCUAGAGCAAGGCUUCAUGCGUAAGAAUAAUGAACUCGUGGUUAAGGUGGGUUUGCGACCGUUGAAUGCAAUCACGGAGAACCGGUUCUUCAAGAACCAUUGUCGUGCCAUGAAGAGCUCGAUUACUGACCUGGAGAAACAGGUGACAUCCUCGGGAAAAGACAUCAAUUGCAAAUACUGCAUCAUGCACUUCGCUCUCAGCCUGGCCAAAACCCCGAAGAAAUCCCCGGAAGCAAUCCAUUCCAACGAUCUCGUCGACAGUUCGGAGCGUCAUUGGUGCCUCCGGGUGUACCCGUUUGCACAGACACUGGAGGAAACAAACCUGAAGGUUUUCGUAGUCCUGCGAAAGGGAACUCGCACCAAGUGUCGCUACUUCAUUGAACUGCUGCACGACGACCCGAAGAAGAAUGUCAUCCAGUGUACGGAAAGUGCAUUCGAUACCAUUGAUGCCGGCUAUGGAUGGCACUGCUUCAUGGAACGAAAGCGACUGCUCAGCGAUACCGGAUUCUAUUCGAGCGGAGUGCUGCGCUUCCGGUUUGGUGUGCAACCGCUGGAUAAGUAAACCGACAACGCCGGAAAGGCGAUGAUUUUUUUUUAAUUUUGUUUCUUGGACAUUCACUUUUGUUCGAUCCCCAUGGUUCGGUCGAUAACAAGAUUUAGGGUUAUUUUUCUUAAAUAUGCAUUGAAUUUGAAAUCGUUAUUGAUAAAUUGAUAACAGAAGGGGUAUUUCUAACAAGCUAAAAUGAUGAAAAAUGUUAGAGAAUGGAUCCG